GAGGGGAGGGAGCCGGAGCGGGCGUUGGGCACGCGCGUGGGGCGGCCUCUGGCUGGGAGGGGCACGCGUGGGCGGCUUCACCUCAGCGCCGCUGCCCUGCCCGCGCCUCAGCACAGCCCGGCUCGGCUCGGCUCGGCUCGGCUCAGCACAGCACAGCCCGGUACAGCCCGGCACGGCUCAGUACGGCACGGUACGGCACAGCACAGCCCGGCCAUGCCGCCACCGCCGGGCCAAACCCAGCUCCCGGACUGGGACGGCUUAAAGCUCCGCGUGCGGACCCUGAUCGCCUCCCACCGCGUGAUGAUAUUCAGCAAGAGCUACUGCCCCUACUGCAACCAGGUGAAAGAACUCUUCAGCUCCAUGGGUGUAGAGUACUAUGCUUUAGAACUGGAUGUAACAGCUGAUGGACCCAGUAUUCAGCAAGUAUUAGCAGAGCUAACUAAUCAGAGGACAGUGCCUAACGUAUUUGUGAAUGGAAAGCAUGUAGGUGGCUGUGACGCAACUUACAAGGCUUAUCAGAAUGGAACGCUGCAGAAACUUCUUGGGGAUGUCAAAGAUGCAGAAACCUAUGAUUACGACCUCAUUAUUAUUGGUGGUGGCUCAGGUGGACUUGCUUGUUCCAAGGAAGCUGCUACCUUGGGAAAGAAAGUAAUGGUAUUAGAUUAUGUUGUUCCAACACCUCUUGGAACCUCCUGGGGUCUUGGUGGCACCUGUGUAAAUGUAGGUUGUAUUCCAAAGAAGCUAAUGCAUCAAGCAGCACUUCUGGGGCAGGCACUCCAAGAUUCAAGGAAAUAUGGCUGGCAAUACGAAGAACAAGUUAAGCACAACUGGGAGAUCAUGGUAGAAGCAAUUCAAAACUACAUUGGUUCUUUAAACUGGGGUUAUCGAUUGUCCUUAAGGGAGAAAUCUGUGACAUACCUAAAUUCUUAUGGAGAAUUCGUUGAACCACACAAAGUUAAGGCAACUAAUAGAAAAGGACAAGUAACCUAUCACACAGCAGAGACUUUUGUCCUGGCAACAGGAGAAAGGCCUAGAUACCUGGGUAUCCCUGGAGAUAAAGAAUACUGUAUUACAAGUGAUGACCUUUUCUCCCUGCCUUAUUGUCCUGGCAAAACGCUAAUUGUGGGUGCUUCCUAUGUGGCACUAGAGUGUGCAGGAUUUCUUGCUGGUCUAGGUCUAGAUGUCACGGUAAUGGUGCGUUCCAUACUUCUUCGGGGCUUUGACCAAGAAAUGGCAGAAAAAAUAGGUGCCCACAUGGAAACACAUGGUGUAACGUUCAUCAGAAAGUGUAUACCUACUCAGGUCGAAAAGUUGGAGGAUGGCAUGCCUGGAAGACUGAAAGUGACAGCACAGUUUACUGAGGGACCAGAAACUUUUGUGGGAGAAUAUAACACUGUUUUGAUAGCUAUUGGUCGUGAUGCAUGUACCAGAAAUAUUGGUUUAGAGACGAUUGGUGUCAAAAUCAAUGAGAAGAAUGGGAAAAUACCUGUCAAUGAUGAAGAACAAACCAAUGUGCCUUAUGUUUAUGCUAUUGGGGAUAUCUUGGAGGGAAAGCUUGAACUUACUCCAGUUGCAAUUCAAGCAGGGAAACUCCUAGCCCGCAGGCUCUAUGGUGGUAGUUCCACAAAGUGUGACUAUAUCAAUGUACCAACAACAGUGUUUACUCCUUUAGAGUAUGGCAGCUGUGGGCUAGCUGAAGAGAAAGCCAUAGAAGAAUAUGGAAAGCAAAACUUGGAGGUUUAUCACAGUUUAUUCUGGCCACUUGAAUGGACGGUACCAGGUCGAGAUAACAAUACUUGUUAUGCAAAGAUUAUCUGCACUAAACACAACAAUAACCGCGUGAUAGGAUUUCACGUUCUUGGACCUAAUGCUGGUGAAGUUACCCAGGGUUUUGCUGCUGCAAUAAAAUGUGGUCUCACCAAAGAAUUACUAGAUGAAACAAUUGGUAUCCAUCCAACUUGUGCAGAGGUGUUCACUACGAUGGAUAUUACAAAAUCUUCAGGACAAGACAUCACUCAACGGGGCUGCUGAGGUUAAACCUGCUGUCUUACAUGUUUUCAUGUUGUGCACGCUUGGUUCUGUGGAAGCCCUACUACAUCCAACUGCUUUGGGGCAAAAUAAACAUUUGCAUCGGUACCACUGCUUGUAGUGCAGUGGGGAGUGGUGCUUUUGUGAGACUUCCUCAGUGAAUAGCGUUGCAAAUGGAAACAGUAAUACAGCAGGGAAAUCUUGAACAGUGAAUCCUGACUUUGCUUGGAAUUGGCACUAACGUGCUUUUAUGAUGUUAUGGCUCGGAACCUUAUUGUGAGGUGAGCUAUGACUGAUGGCUGCCACUCAAGGUUGGGAGAUUUAUUCGUCCAGUCAGAUGACUGAACUCCUCCUGAAGGAAAUUCUUAAGUUGCACAAAUUAAAGCUGACACUUCAAGGCUCCAGUAUCUUGUAUAAAUGCCUGAGGUAGAAGACAAAUAUGUAACUGAAUGAUUCUUGCCAACAGUUUACAGUUGACUGAUUUAUCUCUUUUUGAUGCAUUUUGCUUUACUUCAUUGUAUAUCCAUUUAUGGCAAGAUGGCACAAAUUGUAUGCAAGUGAUGAGCAGUGCAAUUAAAGUACUUGUAUCUCACUUCAAAGUAAUCUAGGACAUUGCUGCUGUUCACAUUCAUAGUUAUUUGACCUCAGGUGACAGUGUCUUUAAGAUGAAAAAUUGAAUGGUAGGAAUCUUGUGUGUCAGGGUUGCAGAGCAUAAAUGGAAGACCUCGUCAAUUUGGUCUUGCUGUUUAUGACUAUAUUUAGAGCUUAUAGUCUCGUAUUUGAUUUCAGCUCUGGUGUAAAACAUCACAGAACCGAGAAACUGUAAGUUUGUACUCUUAUAUGGAGUGUUGAAGCCCGGAAGGAAAAAUUUCAGAGCAAUCUGUCCCACUAAUGUUGUAGGUGCCUGCCAACAGUGGUAAUUGUAGAGAAUGUCUCUUUUGACUGUGUUGCAGCAGACAACAAUGACUUGAUGUGUUGUCAUGCUUUGUGUUGUGUUGUAUACAGUCAGUACUCUGAAGCUUUCUUCCACCACUGGCAUGCUGCUCUGGGGGAAUUAUGUUUGAAUUUGGCUCUUAGUUUUGUCCAAAAAUAUGUUUUGAAAUACUUUUUGAACACUGUAUGAUAGUAAAUAAACAGUUUUUAACUAUUUAAUCUAUGAUGUACCAUGGAAUUUGAAGUUCAAUAAACAACACAUACAGCA